AUGGCUAGGAGGCCUGCCACCCUCAAUCUGCGCGAUAACGACUUGUCAACACUUCCGUCGUUUUCAGAAGAUCCAACGCCAUCUUCCUCCUCCGUCUUUCCGCAGCGACGUCGUCCCACUGCCGCCCAUCCUUUCGAUCAAAGCCGAUUAAGACCAUGGGGGCCAUUCCAUCUGCGAACGCAUGUCAUGGUGUUCAUCGUCGUAUUAUGCUUCUGUUUCGCCAUCGCAUUGGAGGCUGCUUUGCAUUUUAAUCAGAAAGCGUUCGGAUGGCCACUGCCUCGCUUUGCCAAACGGAUCAAAAACUUUCAUGUGUUGUUGACUGCUGUGCCUGGGCUCCUCGGUUGGGUACUCGCUCUGCACAUGAAUGAGGUAGAUAGAAACAUCAAGGUACUUCAACCCUACGUUGACAUGACAAAAGGGAAAGCAACUGCAGAGCGUAGUGUGCUGCUUGAUUACUCCCAAAAAAUUCAAAUCUCGGUCCUGCCUGCGACACUGCGAAACGGCCAUCUGACGGCAUUUCUAUCCACGACGUUAUGCCUCAUUUGCGUAGUCCUAUCUCCUCUUUCAACAUCGUACAUCUAUUACCAAGCCCCUCCCCCAGAGUUCAACAUACCACUGAAAAAUGUCCAAGUCCAAGAAAGAUUAGGACUACCGAGCUCACUGGACCUUGUAAGAGUUGACGCUGCUGCAGGAUUUAUGAAGGCUGCAUCGUCUUUUCAGCUCUCACCACCUCCCUUUGUGCGCUUUCUUCCAGGUGGAUCUUGGGCAGCCACUCGUGUCAAUCUGAGUUCCCCGAUAAAUGAAGCAGGUGUUGCCUCUGCUGAGAUCGUUUGUAUCAAGUCCACUAGUAAUUGUUCCAAUGCCGAUAGCGUGGCGUACAACGUUGGCACUGGCGUCAUCUCAGGCGUAUCUCAGAAGUUCCAAUGUUCCUUCCAAACUGUUGCCUCUGAUUCCCCGGGCUUCAAUGAAGCACCGUACCCCUAUGGCAUAACAGUUUGCAAUGACGGCAGAAACCCAUUUUCGAGUCCAGUUGUCUUUUGGAUGUUGGAGAAUGUUGGUGGUUAUUCAAAUCCUCAGCCACUUGCAACUGUGUGCGUGGGAGAAAUUUUUCUGAACAAGGCUACGGCAUCUUUGAACAGUUCAACGCUCUCGUUGUUGCGUAUUGUGGAUGGAGGGCCACCCGGAACGGAGGAACUCGCUAGGAUCGAUUUGAAUAAUACGCCAUUUAAUGGGACUGCUUUCAAUGGAUUGUUCCCGUCGAACGCUUCGGCUACCGAGUGGGAUCGUACGAUGCUCAAUUCGGCGGUACAUAGUGUUGGGAAGGCUGUAGUUCAAAGUGUCGUUGCGGGCAUGCAAGCGAAUCCUACUGCCGAUGUUUUGACCUCCGCCGCCUCCCAAGUUUAUGGCCAUUAUCUCGGCAUGGUGUCAAGUAUCAUGUAUUAUACACCCCUAGAGAACACAACGGUCAGUGGGGGUUUGAAUCCUGCUAGUGAUAGAUUGUUCAUUUCCGAAGCUAUCACUCACGUCCUCGCUGCCCUCUUCUUUCUAAUCGCUCUGGGAGCAAUCUUCGUCAUUGUCCUUCAUCAAAGAGACAUAGCGAAUCUUAGACUCUUCACGCCUCCUGGGACCAUCGCUGCGGCCGUAGCCAUUGCUGGGCAAUCCAAGCUAUCGUCCCUUUUAGCCGAGGAGGACACGGUGACGGAUAUGAAGAUUAAAUUAUCGGACCUAUCGUUCAGCCUUGAUACGAGUACUGGACGACUAAGGGUGGAGGAAGGAUAUACUGCUGGAUAUGCGGAAGGGCCACACACCUAUAAUCUCGUUGCACGAAGUCCUAGGCUGGCGCAGGGAUUCAGUCCCCAAAGCAGUCCGAGGCAUCGAUAUACCCCUCUUUCUGGCUCUUCAACCGCCUAG